AUGGCUGCAUCACUCUGGAAAUACCUUGGCGGCCAAGUGACGUCUGACUCACCGAACGAGAACAAAGGUGAUUUGAGGGCCUUACCUGCGUCAUGGUAUACUUCUCAAGAGAUAUUCGAGCUUGAGAGACGGGCUGUAUUCUCUAGAAAUUGGCUCCUCACGACCCAUAAGCUGAGGCUUCCUAACGCAGGUGACUGGUUACGUUACGAUGUUGCUGGCUAUCAGUAUGUACUUGUUCGAGAUCGCGAGGGAAAGAUUAAUGGAUUUCACAAUAUCUGCCGACACCGUGCGUUUCCGGUAGUCACAGAGGAACAAGGAUCAUCCAGGAUCUUCUCGUGCAAAUAUCAUGGCUGGUCUUACGGUCUGAAUGGCAAACUUGCGAAGGCACCGGGAUACCAAGACCUGGAAGGCUUUGACAAGAGUCAGAACGGACUCCUGCCUAUCCAUGUCCAUAUAGACUACAACGGAUUUAUUUGGGUCAAUCUGGAUUCCGGUGAAAUGCCACACAUUUCAUGGGAGGAUGAUUCCAAGCGUAUCGAUAUCAAGUCCCAAUUUGAGGACAUCAGAUGGGAUGAUUACACGUUUGACCACUCAUGGGAAAUAGAAGGAAGCUGCAAUUGGAAGAUUCUGGCUGAUAACUACAACGAAUGUUAUCAUCGUCAGACGGCACACCCUGAUGUUCAAUCUUCGACAGACCUCGCCGGAUCCUCCGUUGAUACGAAAACCGGGGGUAUUAUCCACAAGGCCCACUCCAAAGCAGAGCAGAUCGCCACUGGACUCAGAACCGCUAGCACUUACUAUUUCCCUAACGUCUCUAUGACUGUCUCGCCGCACUCUUUCUUCAUCCAGAGACUUGUGCCCAUCUCGCCCACAAAAUCGAUCACGAGGUAUGAGGUUUAUCGAAAUAAGAACUGCAGUGACGCGGACUUUGAGCUUAUAAACUCAAUAUUUAAACGUAUUAUGUCAGAGGACAAACGUCUCUGUGACCUCACGCAAAAGGGUUUCAAUGCCGGUGACUUAGUCAACGACGAAAUUCAUCCGCGGAUGGAGAAGGGACCAUUGUACUUCCAGGGGUUGGUGAGAGACAUUCUGGUUGAGCAUCAUCAGCGCGAAGAGAAAGCGAAGAAAGAGAUAUGGCCCGCUCGACAGGCUUUGCCAAAAACUGCUUCAGUUACCGAGCAGGAUCUCCAGUUCUGUUCAAACUUGGCUUGUCAAGCUAACAGUGAAUGUCGUUCAAACCUGGCGGCUCAGCCUGCUAUGAAUCUUGCUUGGUAG